AUGCAUUUCAGCGAACAAAAUUCAACAUUCGAAAAAAUCUGUAGUAUUCCGACGGAUUAUGACAUUACUUUUAUAAAGUACAAAAGCAGAAAGACAGGACUUACUGUGGUUCUUGCUGAUAUCGAAGCCCCUUUGGUAAACGGUUUCUUUACACUUGCAACCGAAGCUUGCGAUGAUUUUGGUUGUCCACACACUUUGGAACAUUUGGUUUUUCUCGGAAGCGAACAGUUCCCGUACAAGGGAGUGCUGGAUACACUUGCCAAUCGAGCUAUUGCACAAGGCACGAACGCUUGGACAGAUGUGGAUCAUACUUGCUACACUAUUACCACCGCUGGUAGCCAGGGUUUUCUUCAGUUGCUGCCAAUUUAUGUGGACCAUAUUUUGUAUCCUACAUUAACUGACAGCGGUUAUUAUACCGAAGUGCAUCACAUCAAUGGCAAGGGCGAAGACGCAGGGGUUGUCUAUAGCGAAAUGCAGGGUUGUCAAAAUUCAGGUGAUGAUCGCAUUCACCUUCGUAUGAAGAGAUUGAUGUAUCCCGAAAACUGUGGUUAUCGUUCCGAAACGGGAGGUCUUAUGGAACGGCUUCGAGAGUUAUCAGUGGACAAGAUUCGUUCCUACCACCAGUCUUAUUAUCGUCCAGAUAAUUUAUGCUUGGUAAUCACUGGAAAAGUUUCUGAGCAUAAGCUUUUGGCUGCCUUGGCUCCCAUUGAAGAGAAUAUUAUCAGCAAAGGAACCCUUCCUCCAAUGCAACGACCUUGGAUCAGCACAGGAAACUUCCCAAAUCUUACAGACAACAUCACGGAAACGGUGCUUUUCCCAGAUGAAGAUGAAUCCAUGGGCACCAUUCUUAUUGCAUGGAAUGGUCCCAUGUGCAAUGACUAUUUGCAAGCGAGAGCAUUGGACGUGCUUAAUGAGUAUCUCACCGAUUCGGCUGUGUCGGUUUUGCAGAAAGAGUUUGUUGAAAUCGAGGAACCGCUCUGCACAGAGGUGGACUUCCAUAUUACGGAUCAUUUAAAGUCAACAUUGAUGUUCACAUGCACGAGCGUGCCCAUUGAAGAGAUGGAGAAGGUGCCUUCUUUGUUCUUCGCUACGCUGCAACGUCUCAUCGACAACAACGAUAUUGAUAUGAAACGUAUGGAGGUCGUUCUUGAAAAGGAGAUGCUGAAGUUGCUGGACAGUGCCGAAACUGAAGCACAUGAGACCGCGGCGGAUCUCAGUAUUUCAGAUUUUCUUUAUGGCGCGAUCGAUGGAUCGGAUCUGAAAAAAUCGGUCAAAAUUCAACAGUAUCUGGAGCAGUUGACGAAAUUCACCAAAGCAGACUGGCUUAAUUUGAUGAAGAGAUGGUAUGUGGAUGCCCCUCACAUCACGCUCUUUGGCAAACCUUCAGCCCAGUUUGCCGAAGAUCUUGCAGAAGAAGAACGUCAGCGCGUCGAAAAGCAACGCUCAGAUUUGGGUGAGCAACGUUUGGCGGAACUACAGAAGAAGCUGGACGAUGCGAAAACUGCAAACGAUAUGCCGCUGCCAAACGAGGUUAUCGAGAAUUUUGAGAUCCCAUCCGUAUCCACGAUCAACUUUAUUAAUGUACAGACCGCCAGAAAUAACGACCUUGGUAACUUCAAGAACGCUGUGCAGGAACGUAUCAAUCGAGAUGAUAGCGCCGAUGUGCCUUUGUUCAUUCAGUUUGAUCAUAUUCGCUCGCGGUUUGUCAACGUAUCCGCUCAUAUUAGCGCCGCUGGAAUGCCUUCUCAUUUGCUCCCAUAUACGCGGCUGUUCCUAAAGGCCAUUUUCUCGCUUCCCGUACAAAAAGGCGAUACACUUUUGACGUAUGAGGAUGUAGUCAAAGGUUUGAGUGAAGACAUCAUUGAAUAUGAUGCCACCUUGGGCACAUCGGGUGGUUUCCGGGAAAUCGUCGUCUUUAGUUUGAAAGCAAAGGCUUCGAAAUACCAUCGUGCUGUUCAAUGGUUGGAGGAUAUUCUGUGGCACACACAAUUCACAGUAGAAAGAUUAAAGGUUUUGGCAAAUCUCAUUCUGAAUGACAUUCCACAAGCGAAGAGAGAUGGACACGGUAUGGCUACAGCUUCGAUGCGUGCCUUCCAGUUCGAUGCCAGCAAAUCUGUGAGUGCUGCCCGCAAUAUUCUCUUCCAAACCGAUUUCUUGCAGGAAGUGCUUCGUCAACUGGAAAACGAUCCAUCCUCCGUCUUGGCCGACUUGAAUGCGUUCCGGGAUGCAUUAUGCCGACCAGAAAACAUGAGACUCCAUGUUUCAGGGGAUAUCAUGAAUCUGGAAAACCCUCGAACAGUGUUCAAGAACUUCUCUCCUGCUACUGAGUUGACAGAUUUAGCUCCCAUUGUUCUCUCACAGGAAGUGCUUAAUCCUGCUGGUAAGACACCAGGAAAAGUGGCGGCAAUUGUCGGUUUGCCCUCCAUCGAAAACUCGUAUUCUUUGCAUACGGUGAAGGGACCUUCACGAUUCGAUGAUCCCGAUAUUGCACCAUUGCUGGUGUUGAUUGAACUCCUUGAUACUAUGGAGGGUAUUUUCUGGAAAUUGAUUCGCGGACAAGGAUUAGCGUAUUCUUGCUUCUUGAAUGCGGAUAUUGAGGCUGGCUUGAUCAGUUAUACUAUUUUUAAAUCGCCUAAUGCCUUUAAAGCAUUUGAGCAGGCUCGAUUGGUCAUUACCCAGUUGGUCAACCAUGAGAUGCAAAUCGAACCAUCCACUGUUGAUGGAGCUAAAAGCGCAGUGAUUUACAGUCUGGUAAAUCGCGAAAACACGAUGGAAAGAGCAGCAUUACUAUCGUUUGUGAAUCAAGUGCUGAAGCAAAUGCCGGCUUCUUACAGCCGAGACAUCAUGAGCGCUAUUCAGAACGUCACCAUGGAUGAUUUGCAGCGAGUUUUGAACAAAUACCUUGUCCAUAUGUUCAACCCGGGUACAUCCAAUGUGGUGGUUGUCAGUGCACCUGCCAAGAUUGAGGAGAUUCAAAAAGGAUUCGAAGCCGUAGGCUUUGAUAUGAAAUCGAUCUCCUUGAAUGACAUCUCGCCCAGCUUUUGUGUGUAG